UAUCUUGUGGUCAAAAGUAAUAGUCCUGUCUGUUUCCUUGAAAGAACGAGACCUCGCUUCCUGUAAGGAAGAAGGAGAAAGUCUGUUUAUCCAAGUCGCCAAAGAAGAGGAGGAGACCUCAGCAGAACGAGACCUCGCUUCCUGUAAGGAAGAAGGAGAAAGUCUGUUUAUCCAGGUCGUCAAAGAAGAGGAGGAGACCUCAGCAGAACCAGACCUCAUUUCCUGUUGGGAAGAAGGAGAAGAUCCAGUGAUGCAGGAACCCAAAGAAGAGGAGGAGACCUCAGCAGGACACAUCUGGGGGGUCAAGGCUGAGGAUGAACCAUAUGAAGUAUCACUGGAAAAAGCUGAGGAUCAGGUUCAGGAGCAGAAACUGAGGAGUCAAGAUGGAGCAAAGGGACAAGAGGAAAGACAGACUCACACAGGGGACAAACCUUAUAACUGCUUGGAGUGUGGAAAGAGCUUCAGUGACAGUAGCACCCUUACAGUGCAUAAAAGAAAUCACACAGGGGACAAACCUUAUAAAUGCUUGGAGUGUGGAAAGAGCUUCAGGUGGAGUAGCGCCCUUACUUCACAUCAAAGAAUUCACACAGGUGACAAACCUUAUAAAUGCUUCGAGUGUGGAAAGAGCUUCAGUCGGAGUGGCCACCUUACUUCGCAUCAAAGAAUUCACACAGGGGAUGAACCUUAUAAAUGCUUGGAGUGUGGAAAAAGCUUCAGUGAGAGAUACACCCUUACAGUGCAUCAAAGAAUUCACACAGGGGACAAACCUUAUAAAUGCUUCGAGUGUGGAAAGAGCUUCAGUCAGAGUGGCCACCUUACUUCACAUCAAAGAAUUCACACAGGUGACAAACCUUAUAAAUGCUUCGAGUGUGGAAAGAGCUUCAGUCGGAGUGGCCACCUUACUUCGCAUCAAAGAAUUCACACAGGGGAUGAACCUUAUAAAUGCUUGGAGUGUGGAAAGAGCUUCAGUCGGAGUGGCCACCUUACUUCGCAUCAAAGAAUUCACACAGGGGAUGAACCUUAUAAAUGCUUGGAGUGUGGAAAAAGCUUCAGUGAGAGAUACACCCUUACAGUGCAUCAAAGAAUUCACACAGGGGACAAACCUUAUCAAUGCUUCGAGUGUGGAAAAAGCUUCAGAUGGAGUAAUGCCCUUACAGUGCAUCAAAGAAUUCACACAGGGGACAAACCUUAUCAAUGCUUCAAGUGUGGAAAAAGCUUAAGAUGGAGUAAUGCCCUUAAGGUGCAUCAAAGAAUUCACACAGGGGACAAACCUUACCAAUGCUUUGAGUGUGGAAAGAGCUUCUGUCAGAGUGGCCAGCUUACUUUGCAUCAAAGAUCUCACACAGGGGACAAACCUUAUCAAUGCUUGGAGUGUGGAAAGUGCUUCAGUCGGAGUGACAAACUUAGUAUACAUGAAAGAACUCACACAGGGGACAAACCUUAUCAAUGCUUGGAGUGUGGAAACUGCUUCAGUCGGAGUGACACCCUUAGUAUACAUGAAAGAAUUCACACAGGGGACAAACCUUGUCAAUGCUUCGAGUGUGGAAAAAGCUUCAGAUGGAGUAAUGAGCUUAAGGUGCAUCAAAGAUCUCACACAGGGGACAAACCUUACCAAUGCUUCGAGUGUGGAAAGAGCUUCCGCGACAGUAGAACCCUUACAGUACAUCAAAGAAGUCACACAGGGGACAAACCUUAUAUAUGCUUGGAGUGUGGAAAGAGCUUCAGUGAGCGUAACACCCUUACAGUGCAUCACAGAACUCAUACAGGGGACAAACCUUAUAAAUGCUUCGAGUGUGGAAAGACCUUCAGUCAGAGCAGCAGCCUUACAGUGCAUCAAAGAUCUCACACAGGGGACAAACCUUAUCAAUGCUUCGAGUGUGGAAAGACCUUCAGUCAGAGCAGCAGCCUUACGGUGCAUCAAAGAUCUCACACAGGGGACAAACCUUAUCAAUGCUUUGAGUGUGGAAAGAGCUUCAGUGACAGUAGAACCCUUACAGUACAUCAAAGAAAUCACACAGGGGACAAACCUUAUAAAUGCUUAGAGUGUGGAAAGAGCUUCAGGUGUAGUAGCAAGCUUACUUUGCAUCACAGAACUCAUACAGGGGACAAACCUUAUAAAUGCUUAGAGUGUGGAAAGAGCUUCAGGUGUAGUAGCAAGCUUACUAUGCAUCACAAAACUCAUACAGGGGACAAACCUUAUAAAUGCUUAGAGUGUGGAAAGAGCUUCAGUCGGAGCAGCACCCUUACAGUGCAUAAAAGAAUUCACACAGGUGACAAACCUUACCAAUGCUUUGAGUGUGGAAAGAGCUUCUGUCAGAGUGGCCAGCUUACUUUGCAUCACAGAACUCAUACAGGGGACAAACCUUAUAAAUGCUUAGAGUGUGGAAAGAGCUUCAGUCGGAGCAGCACCCUUACAGUGCAUAAAAGAAUUCACACAGGAGACAAACCUUACCAAUGCUUUGAGUGUGGAAAGAGCUUCAGUGACAGUAGCACCCUUACGGUGCAUAAAAGAAUUCACACAGGUGACAAACCUUACCAAUGCUUGGAGUGUGGAAAGAGCUUCAGUCAGAGUGGCACCCUUACAUCUCAUCAAAGAAAUCACAGAGGGGACAAAUCAUAUAAAUGCUUGGAAUGUGGAAAGAGCUUCAGUCGGAGUGACAGCCUUACUUCACAUCACAAAACUCACACAGGGGAGAAACCUUAUAAAUGCUUGGAGUGUGGAAAGAGCUUCAGUCGGAGUGGCCACCUUACUUUGCAUCACAGAACUCAUAUAGGGAACAAACCUUAUCAAUGCUUGGAGUGUUGAGAGACCUUUCGUCAGAAUGGCUACCUUCAGGCGCAUCAAAGUAUCUGUACAAGGGAAGAGAUUUAUCAAUGCUUUGAAAAGUUUGCUUUUAUUUAUUAGAUUUAUUAGUGGCCCAUCUGGCUGGUUGUCCAGCCACUCACAACUUCUUGUUGUUGUUAUGUGCCUUCAAGUCGAUUACGACUUAUGGCAACCCUAUGAAUCAGCACCCUCGAAGAGCAUCUGUCAUGAACCACCCUGUUCAGAUCUUGGAAGUCCAGGUCUGUGGCUUCCCUUAUGGAAUCAAUCCAUCUCUUGUUUGGUCCUCCUCUUUUUCUCCUCCCUUCUGUUUUUCCCAGCAUUAUUAUCUUUUCUAGUGAACCAUGUCUUCUCAUUAUGUCUCAAAGGAUAUAAUUAUAGCUUCUAGUGAUAGUCCUGGUUGAAUUUGUU